AUGCAGGCCAGGGCAGUGAUAGCAGCAAAGGGACUGGUGCAUGUUGCUGGUGUGGAUGUUAAUCCCAUCAGGGUCUUCAGAUAUGUGCUGGUGUGUUUAUGCACCACAGCUGGCACAAGAACCAGCACCAGCAACUACAUUGUGUGUAAAUAUGACUGGGCAGAGCUUAAGAAGCAGAGAUGUGACUGCGAAUGCUUGGGGGCCAGAAGGAUCCUUCACUGGCGUGAGGAGAAGACUGUCUGUGUUUAUAGAUUUGCCAUGGGUUUUGGGAGAGCAAAUCUUGUGCCUACAGAGAAGCUGAAAGCCAAGAAUCCAGAUGGUGAAAUCACUUAG